UUUAAAUAGAGACCACACCGCCGGCGCCGGCGACCAACACACAAACGCGGACAGUGGAAUGGCUCUGUCGCAGUGCCCAAACCCUCCCAAAAACCUUAAAGCAAGGCCAAAGCCUUUCCUCCCCACUAAUUCUCCCUCUUACAGAACAAUCAUCCCACAAACUCUCACUCCUAAGAAGUUUCCUUCUAUGGUAAUUUCUGCAUCAUCGUCGCCUUCUACUGCGUCUGGCCAACCCUCUCACCCACUCGACGUACAAACGAACACCGAGCGCAAGAAAGAAUUGAUGAAUGCUAUUAAAGCCUCACUUUCCAACUGUCUUUCCGAGACCCAUCUUCAUUUAACUGUUCCGGGUCUCCAAUCCAAGACCAGAGGCAAGGUCAGAGACAUUUAUGAUGGGGGAGAUUAUCUUGUCUUGGUCACAACUGACAGGCAAAGUGCUUUCGAUAGAGUUCUUGCUUCAAUUCCGUUCAAGGGUCAGGUACUCAAUGAAACAAGUUUGUGGUGGUUUAGCAAAACUCAGCACAUUAUUUCAAAUGCAGUUGUUUCCUCUCCAGAUCGGAAUGUGACUAUUGCAAAAAAGUGUUCAGUAUUUCCAGUUGAAUUUGUUGUUAGAGGUUAUGUGACUGGAAGCACAGAUACAUCACUCUGGACUGUCUACAAGAAAGGCAUUCGAAAUUAUUGCGGCAAUGUUCUUCCCGAUGGUAUGGUGAAAAACCAAAAGUUACCAGCAAAUAUACUAACACCUACGACUAAAGCUGCAGAUCAUGAUGUUCCCGUAACGCCGGAAGAGAUUAUUCAGCGUGGGCUGAUGACACAAGCUGAUUAUGAUGAAGCAAGUAAAGCAGCAUUAAGCCUGUUUGAGUAUGGCCAGCGGAUCGCACUGGAACAUGGCCUGAUUUUGGUGGAUACCAAAUAUGAAUUUGGAAAAGGAUCUGAUGGCACAGUUCUUUUGAUAGACGAGGUUCACACACCAGACUCAAGCAGGUAUUGGGUCGCCCAUUCUUAUGAGGAACGCUUUCAAAAAGGUCUUGAACCUGAAAAUAUUGACAAGGAAUUUUUGAGGUUGUGGUUCAAAGAUCAUUGCAAUCCUUAUGAAGAUGAGGUCUUGCCUGCUGCACCUGAUGAACUUGUUUCUGAAUUGGCUUGGCGGUACAUCCUCUUAUAUGAGACAAUAACAAAGUCGAAGUUGGAAAUACCCUUGACCAAGGAACCUAUACACGAGAGAAUAUCACGGAAUGUUUCACAAUCGCUCUCAUCUCUUACAUAAACCAACACCAACUUUCAGAAUUUACAAGUGGAUGUUGUUGUGGGACUAAUUUUUCAUAAAUAGCUUUUCUGUGUUGUUGUUUUUGUGUUAUCAAACACAUCCAAGAGAGGAGAAAUUACAGCUUUGGGGGUUCUAAAUGAACUGGUUACUUGCUGGUCUCAUUUGUAAUGCUCUUAUAAUUAACGGAUGGUCCUUUUUGCAAAAUUUUGCAUAUUAAAGGUUUCUCAUUGUUCUUGAAA